UACCCGUGAAGGCAAGAUGGCGACUGCCAACGGGAAGAAGCGUGGUCUGGAACAUUUGGACGAAUAUGAACCGAAACCCGCCAAACAUCUCCGCAGUCUGCAUGAUCGCAUGUCGGAGAGGCGGUUAGUUGUUAUUCUGGAGGGAGCCUCGUUAGAAACUGUGAAGGCUGGUAAAAGUUUCGAGCUGCUGAACUGUGAUCAACACAAAAACAUUAUCAUUAAAAGCGGAAGGGAUCCAGGACAAAUUAGACCGGAUAUCACACAUCAGUGUCUGCUCAUGUUAAUGGACAGUCCACUGAACAGAGCGGGCCUGCUGCAGGUUUACAUCCACACGGAGAAAAACGCCUUGAUAGAGAUCAACCCACAGACUCGCAUCCCAAGAACCUUCACUCGCUUCUGUGGCCUUAUGGUUCACCUACUGCACAAGCUGAGCGUGCGAGCGUCCGACGGUCCUCACAAGCUCCUGAGAAUGAUUAAAAACCCUGUGUCAGAUCACCUGCCGCCUGGCUGCCCGCGGAUCUCCACUUCCUUCUCUGCCGGAGAGGCCGUGGGCCCUCGCUCCUUGGUGCCAGAAGGACCGGCUGCAGUGGUGAUCGGAGCGUUUGCACACGGAGCGGUGAAUGUGGACUACACAGAGAAGACGGUGUCCAUCAGUAACUACCCACUCUCUGCAGCACUGACGUGUGCCAAGAUGUGCUCGGCCUUUGAGGAGGUAUGGGGGGUUUUGUGAUACAACCCCACUCAAGCCAGAAGCUUUUUGUGAAUAGACUGACCAAGGAUGCUUCGUUUACCCUCUUUUAUAUGAUGAUAAUCUCCAUGUUGAUAUGCUUAAACAUGCUUCUACAGUGACGAUUCUCAUGAAAAAUCUGAAAGGCUUUGUUUUAUUGUCAGUUUGUAUUAUAAAUAAUACAGAUGCAUUGUU